CCUUGAAAGAGUCGAAGUCUCCGGUCCACCACUGAUUCUGUGUAAUCUUCACCCCUGGUACGGUCAUCAGGCAGAGGUCAACAAGAAUUCCUCUCUCUCUCCGCCAUCACACAUUUCUCUCUCCCCCCUUUCGUCGCACCAUCCGCUCUCACUACCAAUAACAACCCUCUCAACUCCCUCAACAACCGCUCAACUCUCUCUCGCUCGUGGAUUGAAUUGAUGAUUCUACCAUGGAAAAAUCCAAUUCCUCCAAAGAACUCAAUUCCGAACCCAAUUCCUUCAACUGGGACUAUCUGGGUUCAGAUCUGACAGAGUUGAUUCUCUCCCACCUCCCAAUCCGCUCCAUUGUCCGUGCCGCUUCAGUCUGCAAGCUCUGGAACUCAAUCAUCAUAUCUUCUUCCUUCUCCACUCGAGUCUCGGCCAGCAAAAAGCCGUGGUUCUUCCUCUAUGGCCAAAACAACAUUUUCCUCAAGAACAACCAGGCCUUCGCUUUUGACCCAGAAGCCAAUGAAUGGAUCAAACUCCCCACAACCCUCUUUCAAUGCUCCAAAGACUUCUUCAUUGGUUCUAAUGGCUUUUUCUUCACCGCCACCUCCGAGAACUUCAGUUUCGCACCGAUUCUUAAGGGUUCUUGGCGCGAAACCUCGCCGCUUAGGUUCUCUCGGUGUAAUCCUCUUGUGGGUGUGUUCAACGAUGGGUCUAAAGUGCCUAUGUUUAUUGUGGUUGGUGGUGUCAGGUUCAUUGGAGGGUUGGUCGAUAUAGAGGAUCGUUUGGCUGUGGAAAUAUAUAACCCUUAUGUCGAUUCUUGGGAGCUUUGUCCGCCUUUGCCGGCGGAUUUUAGGUCCGGAAGCUCAUCACAAUGGCUUUCAUCGGCAUUAUUUAGAGGGAAAUUCUAUGUUUUCGGAAUAUAUUCAUGUUUCAUAUCUUCGUUUGAUUUGAAUAAACAUCUCUGGAGUGAUGUCCAGACACUGAGGCCUCCGGGGCUGGCGUUUUCGUUCUUGAUUUCGUGUCAGGACCGCCUAAUUUUGGCUGGAUUGAGCAAUGGCCCUCAUGGACCAUCGUUUAAUUUGUGGCAGAUUGAUGAGAAAACAAUGGAGUACACUGAGAUAGCGAUAAUGCCUCAGGGAUUGCUUUACUGUUUGUUCGAUAGUGAUGAGGAUGAUAAGUUUGCUAGCUUGAAAUGUGUGGGACUGGACAAUCUAGUAUAUGUGUUUAAUGAAGAGCAUCACAGUAAUUACCCAGCAUGUGUUUGUGAGAUUGCCAGUGCGUCAGGUAAAUGCAGCUGGAGGAGGGUCCCCAAUUUGUCUGUUCCCGUAAACCCAUUCCACAAGGUCAUCAGUUUUUGUUCAACCAUUUCGCUCGAAAAUAUUCUUGGGGGUGAAGGGGAAGAAAUUGGUCCAGGGCAGGCUAUCUAUUGACUGGUCUACUUAUAUUCUUCGUAUGAUUGGAAAUAUUGGAUGUUACACUGCUUGUUUCGCCGUCAACUGGAUGACAGUUGUGGGAUCAUCUGUUAUAUCAGCUAAGAAUGUCUGAAAAUAAUGUGCAUCUCGUGUUCUUGAUGUUAACAAUUGGUCUGCUAGACACCAUUUGGAGGUCCUUCAUCUCGCCAUACUCCCUCUUAGAGGCAGCUGUACAUGAUGGAUGAUCCAUUUGUCUCUUGUGUAUUUAUACAUUGCGAAAAUCUCCUUGCUUCUGUAAUACACAGGGGGAUCUUCAUCAUUAUAGUCUAUUGUGAAUAGUCUUAUGUACUUCAAUAGCUGUUUCAGAAAAUAAUGGGGAAGAUCAAAGUUCAGUUAUCAGAGUGUGAUUUCCAUAAUGCUUUCUAUGGGAGGUGUAAAAUUGAGUUUUGUUUUCAUUUAUGUGACCGCCUUCUGCUGGAUUUGCUUGUCAGGUGUAUGAUAACAAAAUUGUUGCAGUAUUUUGGAGUUCAAUCCUAGAUUUGAUGUAUCCCCUUGCCUCUCAGAGGGAUGUUUUUCGUGUUUGCUAGGUGCAAUAAGGGAUGG